AUAAAGUAACACGGUACUAUUGUACUGAAUUGAACCCUGUGCAAACUUUCACAGUAACAAGAAUCAGACAAACAUUCUCUCCUGCUGCUCGGUGGAGUUUGUCCUCCUGACAGCACAGAGGACACAGCAGCCAGCGGCUCUGGUAUCAAGAUUUUGACCCCGCCCCACCCUUACCUCAACGAGCGCGUGCGCUCUAAUUUGACCAACAACAUCUGGGGCACGCGAGCAUGCGACACAGGUGCUUUUUUUUCUUUCGUGCUUCCUGUUUGUUGCAACAGUCCAAAAAUUCUUUUCCCCCAAAUAUCACACGUAGACAGUAAUACACUCGACGCUUACAAAUGCUGAGCUGGUAGAGAGCGCGCGGAGGACAACGCAGGUAGGAAGAAGGCGCUCUCUUCGGCUACAGAGCAAUGAGAUAUAGCCUACGCUUCAGACUACCCUCCCUGUACGUGUCGUUGAAUCAGAGUAAACUAGACUUGAAGAACAGAAACUGUUUCCGAUGGAUGCGAUGGAAAAACUGGAGUCGGGACAUACUGCUGUCCUGUCAGGCGAGAACGAAGCAGAGAGCACGCGAGAGGACCGGUCCGGUGCACUCGACCAACAUGACCUGGACACGUGCCCCGUUUGUCAUCUAAGCUUCCACAGCAAGGAGCCCAAACUUCUGCCGUGCCUGCACACUUUCUGCGAGAGGUGCUUGCCUUUACCCUCGAGGAAUCUGGACGUGACGGAACCGUCCGUCUCCCAGAGCGACAACGGCGCGACCAAACCACUAAACGUGAUCCGCUGUCCGGUGUGCAGGCAGGAAUGUAUGGCGGCAGAUGUGUUGGAUAAUAUGUUCGUGAAGGAGUCAUUCGAGGCUCCCAGCAGCACAGUGGAGAGAGCAGUCCAGCUCUGUAUGACCUGCGAUGACAACACCGAAGCUGCUGGGUUUUGUGUUGAGUGUGUGGAGUACUUGUGUACUACCUGUGUGGAGGCCCACCAAAGAGUCAAAUUCACCAAAGACCAUAUGAUCAGACAGAAGUCGGAAGUAUCACAAGACGUUUGUGUUGUGUCGAAUCAGAGGCCGAUGUUCUGUCAUAUCCACAAACAAGAGCCACUGAAACUCUUUUGUGAGACAUGUGACCUGCUUACCUGUCGGGACUGCCAACUCACCAAGCAUAAAGACCACAGUUAUCAGUUCCUUGAAGAUGCUUAUAAAAACCACAAAGAGCACAUGGAGCGUAUGACUCAUCAGCUACAGGAGAAAAAGAAACUGAUAGAAGAGGUAUCAGACUCCAUAAAUAGUGGACUUCUUCUGGUGGAACAGAACCAUACUUCUGUUCGUGAUGAAAUAAAGAAAUCUGUCAGCAAUUUAAUCCUCGAGAUAAACAAAAAGGGCAAAAUUCUACUUGAUCAACUUGAGGCUGUUACAAAAGAUCAUGAGAGUCUCUUGCGUAAACAACAGAAAGACAUUGGCUAUCUGUCCCAACACCUGGAUCAUGUCAUCGACUUCAUCAAAUGGGCCACAGCCAAAAAUGGGGGCACAGCCCUAUUGUACUGUAAACGUUUGAUUCUGUUUCAGAUCGAAAACCUCCUUCAGGCAAAAUGCAGUGCUUCAUUCGUACCGCAGAGCACCAUACGCUUCCAGUGCCGAGCCUCUUACUGGGCCUCAAAUGUUGAUUUGGGCACUUUAAUGGUGGAGAGUGUACCAGGCCACCAGCUGGGUGGUUUUCAUCAUGAGCACACCCACAGUGGGCAGAGUUCCUCAGGCUCACCCCACAGCUUUGCCCUGGGAGCUCCCCAUAGCACUCUGGCUCAGCUCCAGAUGCAGGUGGACAAGCUAAACCCCCAAGCUCACUGGCAGCCCCAACCACCUCCUCCACCCUGCACAUGGUUCCAACUACAGCAAACAGUACCGGGGCCCCUACAGAGAGGCUCUCCCUCCCACAGUUUGCCUCCUCAACCAGACCACAGGUUUACGAGGCCUCUGCCCAACCAUGUUAGCUCAACUAGGAGCAUACUGAGCCCUGGAUUUUCUCCCCAGGUUACUUAUCAGCAGAGAAGGACAGGAAGUGGCUCCACCUACCAAACCAAGCCCAUUGAUGGAUUUUUCUCUACACCCUUCUAUGCACAAAUAACUCCGCCACCCCUCAGUGGUAGUGUCAGUUUACCUCAUUCACAACAGAGGACUGAGCCCACAUACAUGAACAGGGGAAAUGAUUCAGCAGGUCCAGUUUAUACAGUGAAACCAAACUAUCCUCAGGGAGCAGAAACUUCCUUGUCAAGCAGAAACGCACCAGGACAUCACACUCCAGUAUCCCAGAAAAAAACAAGCAGCGUUUUUUGGAAAGCCCCAGAAAUACACCAGGCUAGUGGAGCAGUGGGAUCUGCUGCAAAGAAGAGACAACGAUCAUCUCCAAGGCCUAUAAUUAUCAUCAAAGAUGAACCAGAUGAUGAAAGUAGUUAUGUUGGAUGUCAGAACAGAAAGGGGAAUUCUGGAGUGAGGUGGAUGAAGUGUUUAGACUGUGCCCCCAGGAGGGAGAGAGUAGUGAUUGAAGCACACUUCAGUGGACAGAUCUACACAUCAUGCUUAUUCUUGAACAGCAAUAUCAGUACACCUCUCCAUUCCUCAGGCAUCCUCCCACUUACCAAGAUUGUGUUAAACAAUCUGGCUAAAAGUCCACUGCCCUCUCUACCAGACACCUCCAUACCUCCACAGGUACAUCCCAAACAAAGAGCCAGCCUCCCCGACAGCACAGAUGACCAACCCCAAAUAAAUUCCCAAGGUGAAGAUGUCCAAACUUGUGUUCAUAGCACAGACGACAAACCCUGUUGCCCCUCACACUCUCCAAGUGAGCCACUGGGCCAGAGUAAGACUAGACCUCCAAAUCAUGUCAGUUCAGUGGGAGAACAGCAGCAGGUAGAGCAAAAUAAAGCCCAACUGGAAGACUCUAAUGAGACCUCGUGCGCUGUGUGUCAGACUACAGGAGAGCUGUUGUGCUGCCAAAAAUGUCAUAAAGCUUUUCAUCUUACGUGCCAUGUUCCAGCUCUCCUCAGAUCUCCAAGCAGGGAAUGGUUUUGCACUUUCUGUUGUGACCUGUUAUUGCCUGAGAUGGAGUAUGUCUGCAAACCUGAAGCCAAAACAAUAAAGAAGGAGAUGGAUUUUGAAGGAGCAUUUUCCCCUGUGGACAAACAAAAGUGUGAGAGGCUGUUGCUGUACUUGUUUUGCAGUGAGCUCAACUCAGUCUUUCACAAGUCUGCAUCUCUCUCGGUACAUGCUGAUAACAGUCUGACUAUAAAGGGACCAGUGAGUUUUUCCACAGUGAAAAACCGUCUAGAGGCUGAGCAGAGUAUGUGCUAUCAAAGCCCCGCAGAGUUUGUAUUAGACAUCAGGCUCAUCUUUGGAAACUGUGUGGCCUGCAGUGAGUGCCGGAGUAACACUGAACUUGCCGUGACAUGUAGGAGAUUUAAAGAACUCUUUGAAGAUUAUCUGAAGCUCAUCUACCCUGAUCAGACCUUUCCAGAAAUCAAACCAGAGAUGAUUCAGACUGCUUCACCCACGUGUCAAGAUUCUCAACUCAAAUCUCUUGACAAUAUAGUCCCACUUGCAAAACGCCAACGCACAUUUUCAGAUUCCCAGGAUGCACCAAGCUAUCUCAGUGGAGAAGAGGGUAUUGGAUUAAAGCUCCAAUUUUCCUAACCAAUUGGAUAUGUGCCGGACGGCACAAAGAAUGUGUGGAGGAAGGCGGAGCACCCAGAGACAACCCACGCAAACCUGGGGAGAAUGUGCAAACUCCACACAGAAGGGCCAGAUGGUGGAGUUAAACUCAUGACCUUCUUGAGUGAAGCAACAGUGCUAACUAUGAGAGAGAGAAAAAAAAUGCAACUUUUAAAUAAUAAGUAACUUUAUUAAAGUAAAUAAAUCUAU